ACGUAAGGUGAAAAUAAAUAUCGGCCAGAAAAUAUAACGGACUUAAUAAAUGUGAAAUACAGCAAUUCUGGCAAAGUAAUUGGUUCGUUCCGUUCCACAUCAUUCACCCGUACUUCCUACUUUUUUUUGGGAAAAAUUAGUUGCUCCUCCGCGCCGGCAGCCUGUCACGAUGAGUUUGACGGCCAAUCAUAAUAUGCUGCCGUCCUGCGCCGAUGCGGUUCGGGUUUCACGGGCGAAAAACUCCAGCUCCGGCGGCCGGAAAGUGAAGUUAAGAGUAACAGUUCCUCGAGCGGCUCUGGUGGAGGCGAGGCCUCAACAACAAGUAGCAGCAAUCAGAGAUGUAAGUAAUGGUGCAGGGGUAGCCCUACAGGUUGGGAGAGAUCGAGCCGAGGAUAUGCAAGCUGAAGCCAGAGCUAUGGGACGUGCUGCGGGUGCUUCUGUCUAUAGUCCCGAACUUUUGGCCACCAAGUAUGGCUCUCGCCCAUUUAAGGUGUUGAGCAGAGCUCUUCAAAUAUUCACCGGACUUGGUUCAUUCGCGCUAAAAGUAUGGCUUGACCGGUUGAACGGGGAGCUUGAUCGGAACAUGAGAUUGCGUGCCAUUGAGCUUAGGCAGACUUUCACCAAUUUGGGGCCUACAUUUGUUAAAAUCGGCCAGGGUUUAUCCACCAGGCCUGAUUUAUGCCCACCCCAGUACCUUGAAGAGCUCUCUGAGCUCCAGGAUGCCUUGCCGACCUUUCCAGAUGCACAAGCAUUUGCAUGCAUUGAGAGAGAGUUGGAUCGUUCACUUGAUACCAUCUACUCGUCUAUAUCUGCAUCCCCUAUUGCUGCAGCCAGUCUUGGUCAAGUUUAUAAAGCUCAACUUAAGUACUCAGGCCAGGUUGUUGCUGUGAAGGUGCAAAGGCCGGGUAUCGAAGAAGCAAUAGGAUUAGACUUCUACCUAAUAAGGGGAGUAGGCAUCCUGAUUAAUAGAUAUGCUGACAUAAUUACAAGCGAUGUUGUUGCUCUUAUUGAUGAAUUUGCUCGCAGAGUUUAUCAAGAGCUCAAUUAUGUACAGGAAGGGCAGAAUGCAAGGAGAUUUAAAAAGUUGUACGCUGACAAAGCAGAUGUUCUCGUUCCAGAUAUUUUUUGGGACUACACAAGUGGGAAGGUUUUAACAAUGGAGUGGGUUGAAGGUGUCAAGUUGAAUGAGCAAGAAGCAAUCGAGAGGCAGGGGCUAAAGGUUUUGGAUCUGGUAAACACUGGCAUCCAAUGCAGUCUCAGACAGCUGCUUGAGUAUGGUUAUUUUCAUGCUGAUCCUCAUCCGGGGAACCUCUUGGCAACACCUGAUGGAAAGCUUGCUUUUCUUGAUUUUGGGAUGAUGAGUGAAACUCCUGAAGAAGCAAGAUUUGCUAUUAUUGGUCACGUUGUUCACAUGGUCAAUCGGGAUUAUGAAGCUAUGGCUCGUGACUACUAUGCUUUAGACUUUUUGUCUCCUGAUGUAGAUGUUUCUCCAAUUGUACCAGCAUUGCGUAACUUCUUCGAUGAUGCACUUAAUUCAACUGUGAGCGAGCUAAACUUUAAAACACUUGUAGAUGGUCUGGGUGCUGUGUUGUAUCAAUAUCCCUUUAAUGUUCCAGCUUAUUACGCAUUAAUUUUGAGAUCUCUCACAGUUUUAGAAGGCUUAGCUCUGUAUGCUGACCCUAAGUUUAAAGUACUAGCUGCUUCAUAUCCAUAUUUUGCUAAAAGGCUUCUAACGGAUCCUAAUCCGUAUCUGAGAGAUGCUCUGAUUGAGUUACUUUUCAAGGAUGGGAAAUUCAGGUGGAAUAGACUUGAAAACUUGCUUGUCCAGGGAAAGCAAGACAGAGACUUUUCUGCAAAAGAUGCUUUGCAACCUGUCCUGAAGUUGUUGUUGGGUCCAGAUGGUGUAGAAUUAAGGGAUUUGGUUAUUAAAGAGGCAGUCCGUGUCACUGAAGCUAUUAUUCUGAGUUCAGUUAUUGAAUCAUUUAAUUCUAUUCCUGGUCCCAUGAGGACUUUUGUUUUUAAUGGAAACGCAAAUGGCCCCUUUACAAUAAGCUCUGCUGAGCAGCAGAGUUUAAUGGAACUUAGAACACAAGUGAUUAAUAUAUGGGGAUUAUUGCGAUCCUCAGAGAAUUUUGAUCCAAGUCUUUUGCUACCAAUUUUGCAGGUACUUCAAGAACCAGAAGCACGUAGUAUUGGAGGGCGUGUAGUUGGUGGAAUAUCUCAACGUCUUGCCGCACGCUUACUGCAGCAAGUUCUUCGUGCUCCAGAAACAACGGCCUCUGCUGCACAAUUGUUGUCUUGAACUUUUAUGUAACAUAUUAAACGACAAUAAAUUAGAAAUUUGUUUAUACUAUACAUCAAUGUAUAUAAUUGUUGUCUUGAACUUUUAUAUAAUGUAACUGACCCAUAAACAUAUUUUAACCGGUGAAAGGAAGGUCAUAGAAUAUCAAUCAGAUUAGAUGCAGCAAUCAAGAAUUCAAUGGAAUGGGGUUUGAAUUUUGAUAUUCUUAGGGGAGCUUGCUAGGAUUUGGAAGGGUGGUUGUAUUAUGCGUGCUAUAUUUUUUAAUCGGAUCAAGAGGGCUUAUGACAGAAAUCCGAAUCUUGCUAGUCUACUUGUGGAUGAAGAGUUUGCAAAAGAGAUGGGUGAACGGCAGUUUGUUUGGCGAAGAGUAGUCUGCCUAGCUAUCAACUUGGGCAUUAGUACACCGGGUAUCUCUUCAGGUCUUGCUUACUUUGACUCAUACAGGAGGGAAAGUCUUCCUGCCAAUUUGGUCCAAGCUCAAAGUGAUUAUUUUGGUGCUCAUACAUAUGAGAGGAUCCAUGUGCCAGUGUCUUUCCAUACCGAGUGGCUAAGCAGUCAGAACUGAGGUCUUCUGAUGUUUUUUUUGGGACCUAAUUGAAUAAGGUUCUUGUUGUCAUUGAAUCUAGGAGGUUAGAUUCUAUAGUAUCAUCUUGUCAAGUGGUCUCUCAAAUGUUGGAACUUCGCCUAUAUUUUUGGGAAGCCUGUUUGUAUUUGUAUGCCUGGGCGCCUUUUCUUUGAUUUUUGUCCUUUAAGUUACAUAUGAUCAUAUACAAUCAGAGCUAGUAUUUUCCAUGUGCUGGAGAAGCCUAUCAGAGCUUCUCCAGUCCUUUUGUGCUUGUUGAUGUGCAUUUCUCAGUUUCUCUUAUUAUUUAAGCCCAUUUCUCUUC